AUGGCCAAAUACAAUCGACCGCCACUAUUCACCUCGCCAUACUCAAACAUCUCUCCGCCAGCCACGUCCUUCGACAUGGCGCGUUCGUCAUCACGCGAUUCUGCCAACUUCCCUUGCGCGUUCUCCUCCUUCUCAAUACCGCUUUCGCGCACGUCCUCCAGCUCGUCCACAUCACAUUCGUCGCACGCGCCAGCGCCUACUAGCCACCCCACCUCAGCACCAAUGCGCCGCUCGAGUAGCGCCUCGUCCUCGCAAACCACCUGGCUUGCUUCGCCAUACCGCUCAUGCCUGGGCCCCAGCUCUGCUGCCUCGGAACCCAAUUCUUACCUCUCGGACGACGAUCUGCUCAACCUCAACAUCCCUGUCGAGACUAUCCCGACGCCUGCCAAGCGCGUCGCUGAAAUGACGAUAGAAGAGCAGAUCGCGCAUCUACGCGAGCUUCAAGCCCAAGAGGAGCGUGAGGACCGCGCGCGUCGCGAGACUCUUUCUCCCCGGAGAAAGCAAGUGCGCUUCCAACCUGGUACCAACCAAGAAAAGGCUCGUCGGCCUAGUCAGCUCAAGCGCCGGUCAAACACAGUUCGACGCGGCCUCAAUGGGUUGAACGGUCCCAUGUGA